CUCAUCCACACAUGAGGAGUCCUGCUGCUUUAUCACUUGUAGAUCCAGGCUCUGGCUUGAUCGAUGCUGGGGAAGUCCAGGCCGAUUUAUUAUAUUUACAUAAUCAUGAGUUUAUCAUAUUUUUAUGAAGAUCAGUUCAUUAUAUUUUGAUGAUGUCAUAUAUCAGCUGUUUUCCUGGUCUAUGUUAAACGUGAGGAAGCAGCUUCAGGACGGAGUGACUCAUCUCUGUGAGGACACGAUCUUGGUCCAGCCUCAUCGCGAGCGGCUCCGCGCAGACUCCCUGCAUCAUCAUCCUCAUCUUCCUCAUCCUCAUCAUCUUCAUCCUCCUCCUCACCAUCAGCAGCACCGAGCGGCUCCUCUGCGGCUCCUCUGCGGACCUUCGAGCGGACCUAUGCGGACUGGAGCUUCGGCAGCAGCGGCCUGUGCUCGGUAAUUUCCCCGCUGGAUGUGAAGCUCCGAGCCGGGAGACAGCAUCUGUCCGUCGGUGUCGCUCCGUCUCCUUCUCCCGCAUCCCGCUGCCCUCAGCCUCAAAAUGGCGGACAUGAUGGAGCUGGGACCCGCCUACGCCAUGUCUCCGGUGCUGGCGGGCUUCCUGGGAGCUGGUGUUCUAGUGGUGGUCGUAGUGGUUCUGGUUCUUCUCUGGUCCUUCUGUCAGCGCCGGUACCUGCGUGCCAGCGGGCGCUACAAGCUGCGUGGAGACCGCUACUGCGACGCCGAGGACCCACCCUACAAGUUCAUUCACAUGCUGAAGGGCAUCAGCAUUUACCCAGAAUCCCUCAGCAGCAGCAAGAGGAUCGUUCGCAGCCUCCGCCAGGCGGACCGGUCCGACCGCGACGGAGUGCGAGGCCCCACUGCUGCCUCCACGGCAGGGAGGGGCAUGGUGCUGGUGGACGCUGAGAACAACAUCCUGGAUGUGCCGGGGCAGCUCCAGAUGAGUCACCUGCUUCCCCCGGCCAGACAGGGUCCUGGCCACGGACAGGCCCGGCUGGAGCGGGCGCUGCCGGUCCGCGCCGACUACUGCUGCCUGGACAGCAGCUCAGCCAGCAGCUCAGCCAGCAGCAAGACGGCGUCCCCCUUCACCCCCGCCUCCUCUGAGCCAGAGCCGGAGCCGAGUCUCGGCACCAUCAGCCUCACCGUCGACUACAACUUCCCCAAGAAGGCCCUGGUGGUGACCAUCGUUGGGGCCCGGGGCCUUCCCGCCAUGGACGAGCAGGCAGGCAGCUCGGACCCCUAUGUGAAGAUGACCAUCCUGCCGGAGAAGAAGCACCGUGUCAAGACCCGCGUGCUGAGGAAGACCCUGGACCCGCUGUUCGACGAGACCUUCACCUUCUACGGCGUGGCCUACAGCUCGCUGCCCGAGCUCAACCUGCACUUUCUGGUCCUCAGUUUCGACCGGUUCGCCCGUGACGAUGUGAUCGGGGAGGCGGUGGUGCCGCUGAAGGGCGUGGACCCGAGCACAGGCCGAGUCCACCUGAGCCAGCAGAUCAGCAAGAGGAACAUGCAGUGUGAGAGUCGUGGUGAGCUGCUGGCGUCUCUGUCCUACCAACCUGUGUCUCAUCGUCUCAGCGUCGUCGUCCUUAAGGCGCGGCACCUCCCCAAGAUGGACAUCACCGGGCUGUCAGCCAACCCCUACGUGAAGGUCAACGUUUUCUACGGACGGAAGCGAAUCGCCAAGAAGAAGACCCACGUGAAGAAGGGCACGCUGAACCCGGUGUUCAACGAGUCCUUCAUCUACGACAUCCCGCCCGAGCUGCUGCCAGAGAUCUCCAUCGAGUUCCUGGUGGUCGAUUUCGACCGGACCACCAAGAACGAGGUGCUGGGCCGCCUGCUGCUCGGCCUCCACAGCCCCUCCCCCUCUGGCCCCGCCCACUGGAGGGAGGUCUGUGAAAACCCCCGACGUCAAAUCUCCAAAUGGCACAACCUCAGCCAGUACUGAGGGGCGGAGCUUCACAGUCCAGCUGACAGUGGCCGCCAGCUUGGACUGAACCAGUGAACACCACUGGAUAUACAGACUGUCUGUACAGCACACACACAUCAAACCACACAUAUAUACACACAUACAUAUAUACAUAUAUUAAAAUACACACACAUAUACACAUUUAUAUACACAUAUAUAUAUAUAUAAAUACACAUACAUUUAUACUCAUAUACAUACACACAUAGACACACUUAAGAAUACAAACGUACACACACAGACACACAUGCACACAGACAGACACACUGUUGUGAUCAUUGUUAAACUCUACAUUUUGCAGUUGUUUAUUUGAGUCGAUAGGAAUCAAGCUGUUUUUAAAAUAGAAUCAUGGCGUCCGACUCUCCUCAUCUGGAUCGUGUUUGUCGAUGGGAACAAAUGAUCCAGUAAGACUUCAAAAAAGAAAAGAUCUCCCCUCUUGCUGUUGUCAUGCAGUUCAUCGCAUGUUGUCCCUGAAAAAAAGAGGAGUGGAGCUGCUGACGGACACGUGAAGAACAUUUAACUCUGCUUUUAACUCAACGCUGAAUUAUCCUCGUAGACAAGUCCCCCCCCCCCGACCACAUGUUCCACGUCGCUCCGACCGGCAGCAUGUUUCCCGCCCGCAGCUUGACGCCUCGAUUCCCAGUAGAGAAUGAGAAACGGGUUCCAGUCUCAAAGUGUGGCUGAAGAUGACGGACGUGUAAAAUAUGUCGGUCUGAUGUUGAACUGAGAGCAGCUGUGAUGUCAUCAAUCGUCAUCUCGUCAUUGAUCACAUCAGAGAGAAACAUCUGGAUGUUGUGGUGAGACCUCGAAUCAGAACACACAGCUUCUCUCUCCUCUUCCUCCUGUCUCCUCCUCCCCCCUCCUCUUCUCCUCCUCUUACUCAUCUCCUCCUGUGAUUUAUCGCUCUGCUUUUCUGAAAGACUUCUUGCUGCAGUGCUUGAUCAGAAGGGUGGUGGCGCUGUUUCAGAAACACUUUGAUGUUAUGAAGUUGAUUCAGAUUUCAUGAGAAGAACCAGUUCCACCUGAAGAGCUGAUGGCUGCAGAUGUGUACAGAUGUGAAGAAGUUUGCUGGUUUCCUUCCUGUCUGAUGCCCUCAGAGCUUAAGUGUGUUUGAGCGCCCCCUGUUGUUCACCUGGAUGCUAACCUCUGUGUUGGAUUUGUUAACACUCAUUGGACGUGCAAAUAAAAAACAAAGUUGGCCGUGACGGCGCUAUCGUCCCA